AGGGGGAGGAAAUGUGUGCAUGAUAGAAAGAGUAAGUGGAUGCGAGUGUGUGUAGAGAUGGAGAAGAUUAAACAUAUUUUCGCCUAAAUUGUUUGGAGACGUCCAGUUGUUGAGCCGUUGGGUUCUAUUUGUUUCGAAGUUAUAUUUAGGUUUCAUUUGACAACGCGUCUUCGACCAAAGCGAACGUGAAUUAGUUUUCUUUACGUUUCUACUAGCACUAAGCACUAGUUUGGUUCAGGGUUUUGGCAAUAAUGUGAAUAUAGAGAGAAGGAUCGCUUGGACACUGCAUUCAGUCAAAAUUACUCGCGACAGUGGCGUGCUGUGUUCCCAUAGUGAUAAUUAAAAUUUAUUGUUAUUCUAUGUAAAUUAUGGUGAAAACAGACUGUUGUUAAAUUUUUUCUAUGAUUUUAAACUUUGUUUUGUAUAAACAUUUUCGGUUGCCUUCUGGUAAAUGUUGAGUUAAUUAGUGAGAUUUGUGAAAUUUUGUGGAACACGAACAUCUGAUAAAAGUUGAACUCAUUCAUACUGAAAUGAGACAAGCUGAACAGUGAAAAUAAUGGAGCGUAUAUGCUAACAAUGUAGUUGUGCGCUGAUAGUUUUUGAUCAAGUCAAGCAAAAGAGAAAAAAAAACUGAACGCAUUAAUGACAGUGUAUCGUGUGUUGUGUUUUUCGAGUUAUGGCAAGUAAUGGGGGGACUCUACAUGGGGUUCCCCAAACGCAGCAAAGUUUAGGUGGACACCACAGCUGCUCUCACUGUGGACUCUACUUUGAGAGUUCCUCAUCAUUACAAGUGCAUAUGCACUAUCACCAUGAGACGAUGAACCGUUGGAGCUCAUCAGCAGUUGGCAGUUUACCCAGUUCAACAACAUCGUCGACACCAACCUCUGAUACGGAAAAUAAUAAUCAACCAUCGUUGAAGUCACACAUUAAAUCAACAUCACCGCACCAAACCAUCGCGGCAGCCGCGGAUUCGAGUGACAACCAGCCAUCCACGCCGCAGCCACCAUCACUUCCAGAGCCAGGUACGCCACAAAGUUUCUCUGGCGGUGCUUCGCCAUAUCAACAACCAACAACUAUUAUUGCUCCACCAGAGAUGCAUUACCCUACCUAUAUUCAUGGGUAUGAUCCUUACUAUCACCCAACAAGUAUUGAUUACGGAAAUCCGCUGCCUCCUCCUCAUCACAAUAGUCAAACCCAACCAGAGUACAAAGCAGUGCCUUCCGCCAGAUAUCAUCCAUAUAGUAACAAUAACCACAACAACGGAAAUCAUCAUCAUGUAUCUGCAUUAAGUACGCACAAUAGCCCAACAAAUAAUGCAAUACCGCUCAACAAUGCUGGAUUAAGCCCGCAGGUUGUCAGUUCUUCCAGCAGUACUCAAAAUCCAACAACACAAGCAUCAACAACAGUAGCAUCUUCAACAACAACUUCGUCGCCGCAACACAGCACUACUCAUAUUCCACCUACACCUUCGCCAUCUCCAAUUCAGUGUGAAAAAUGUGGAAUGGUAUGUGACACCGACGAAGCACUCACUGAACAUGAUGCAUCAGUUCAUCAAUCUCAACAGCAACAAACACCGUCGCAACAAUCUUCUGAGGGAAGCAGUAUGAAUCGAAACGAGGAUUCAGAUAUGCACGGUGGCUAUCCUUACAGUGGUAAUCCUCCACCAUUUAUAAAAGAAGAACCACCCGCAUCCGAUAUUCUAGAUUUAGAUUCUCAGAAAAUGGUUUACCCGCCGGAACAUGUACUACCUCCAAUGAACUCAUUACAUCCAUCGCAAUCAAUGCAACGUCAUCCCAUGAUGUGGCCCCAUGAUCCACAUAAUUUUAUGCCACCACAUCACCCACACGAUUUGAAAGCACCAUAUUAUCAUCCUCAAAUAAAAUCAGAAUAUUCCACAACCCCAUCGAUCAAAAGUGAUUAUCCGCAGCACGCGGCAAUGCAUGUGAAACAAGAAUAUGCUUCGAUUGUGGCACCUGCACCUAUCAAAAAUGAUUACAACAUUCCACCGACGUUACCGCCAGCUGCAUCGCAACCUAAUCAAUCAGUAAAACCUUUCACUGAAGAAUGUGAGAGUAAUCAAUUGGCUACGAGUCCAUCGGAUUUUCCAAGCACUACGACGCCUCAAGAAAAUAAUUCGCAGUUCAGAAACUUUGAGCCUCCGACUUCAUCGCUUCCCAACAGCGCAUUACCUUCGAAAGGUACCGCGUGGAAGUCUAAUGAGGCUAGACGACCAAAAACUUAUAAUUGCACUGCUUGUAAUAAAUGGUUUACGAGUUCCGGCCAUUUGAAACGGCACUACAAUACUACAUUGCAUAAAAACGCCGUAAAAUCCAGUGGCCAACCGGACCCCGCGACAUUACCAAUUAGUGUUCACCAUCACCCUGGACGUGAUCCCAAUUAUGCUACUAAAGGAAGAAGAGGAACAGCGGCACAAAUACAACAACCUAUACAACAACCGGUUCCACCACCUGACCCUCCUAGAAGCCCAGACUAUGGUUCUCAAUAUAAUGCAUCGGGGUUUACAACCCCUUCUGGGCAUCAGAUUACCUCGAAUCAGGGGUUUCACCAGUACAAUUCCAAUAUUCAAACCACCUCGUCAACGGUUCCCCCAAACGGGGUAGCAGGUCCCUCCGUCCAAGCCUCCCAACCGAGGGGCCUGCAGAUCUUCUCGAACAGCAACAUGGAAACGUUGCAGCAGCAGGAGCAAACGGAACAAAUGCCUAUUAUCACCACCACCACCACCACCAGCAUUCCAUCGCCGUUGCACAGUCAACACAUCAUCAAUACAACGGCACAAUACCCCACCACCAACCCUUUAACUAUCAACAUCAGCAUCCCAUCAUUCCAAACCAUCCUGCCGGAGGCACCGAGUUAUCACCAUAUUAUUGGUAAUCAUAAUGUACCGAGCAAUGCAAAUGAAAUGGUUUCCAAUGAUCAAUAUUUUCCAAUCAAUGGUUAUGAUACCGGAAUAACCGAGGAGACAUCCAUAGCAUCAACUGUAACUCCGAUCUCAUCGGGGUUUCCUCGAUAUCCGGGGGGCGCCGAAAUGUAUCAAGGCGAUACGGCGCCCCCCUUUUCACCGAAUGUACCGGAGCAAUAUCAUCAAACUUGCACACUUUAUAGCGAACUCCGCACACCGACUCCACAAAUGGCCGCCAUAGCUCCGUCACUUUCGCCGGCGCCAUGCUCACCAAGGGUUACAUCGACUGGUACAACUCUGCCGGCGGAGAAUCGUUCCAGCGAAAUUCAUCGAUGCGACGAAUGUGACAAGGUUUUCAAUAAGGCAUGCUAUUUAACGCAACACAAUAAAACUUUCCAUUCGGGCGAUAAACCAUUUAAGUGUCAUCGAUGUGGAAAACGUUUUCCUUGUGAUCAAUCGCACGAGGAACAUCUCGCGAAGCACGGGGGAGAGAAACCUUUCAAGUGUGAACUUUGUCCGAAGCAGUUCAACCACAAGACGGAUCUACGUCGGCAUAUGUGUCUGCACAGUGGUUCCAAGCCGUAUGUUUGUGAACAGUGCGGAAAAGGUUUCAUUCGCAAGGAUCACAUGCUGAAACACUGCGAGACACAUAGAAAGAAAACCGGCUCGGGAUUGAAAAAAACGGUGUUCGGGAAAAUUGGGUCGCGAGGUCAAUCCAAAGCAGUAUUUAUGGACGAUGAAUGACAGUGGGCUUUGAUCCGUUGUCUGACGCCGGAACCUUGAGGGCCACUAUCACUACUGAUAGUUGACGACGGAUAAUGGGAAAGAUCAUCGGCCGAAUCGGUAAUGUUUACAAUUCUCAAUAUUAUUUUAAUUGCUUAGUUUUACACAAAAUGUUUUUCGUUUGAUCCAUGAUUCCUAUCACAAGAAACAUAGUUACCUACGUAGAUUAUCUUACCAAAAUCAGGUGCAGUAUUCUACCUCAACAAAAAUUGCAAAUUGCAAAACAUGAAACAAUCUGAUACAUAGCCAAUCACUAGUUUAAUUGAAUAUAUUGAAAUAGCUUAAGUCAACACACAAACCUACCUCAAUAAUUAUUACAUACUCUUCUUAUUGUGAGACAAAUUUUGCAAAAUUUGUCACAGAAUAAGUAAAACAAUUGAACAAAGUUAUACAUUAAAAAAUGAUAUUUACAAUUGAAACUAAACUGAUGACGCAACUAAAGCAAAUAUAAUAGGUGUAUUAAAUAUAUGAAUCCAAAAAAGAGUGUAUCUGAAAACGAAGGUUCAAAUUUGAAGGAAAAUAUUUUGAAUAUUAUUUUAAAGCAAUACUAUGGAAUAAAUCGAAACAACAACCGAAUAAUUGCAGAACCUAGCAAGUAACUCACGAAAAGCUACCAUCACAGAAAAAAGCUCCGUAUCUGUAUAAUCUCGUUGUGUCUGUAGUUUGAACGAAAUGCUAAUUACUCUUAGCUUACGAUAAUUAACAAUCCAAGAUGUACAAAUAUGAACAGCGGUAAAUCCGUUCGAUGUAAUAAACUGGAAUAAAACUAUAUACGAGAUUCAUUUCUGUUGUUGAAAAAUGAAGGAGAGAAUAUUAUUAUAGACAGUUCUAUUCGUGUUGGUAAACUUCAAAAAAUAAACAUGAAAACACGGACGCUCAUAGUGAAAAAUAUGUAUGCUAAAGCGAAACUGCAGAGCAUACAAAACAUGUCUACGUACCGAAACUGUAUUAUCAAAUGGUUGUGUUAGAUUAAUUAAUUACCUAUUAUUGAGGAUUAUAAGCUUUACUUUUGCGUUGAUUUCAAUACCUGCCAAUUUCAUCGAAUGCCGUUCUCACAUGCUCCAACCUUAGCGCUCCUCAAUUUCCGUCCCACAACGACAAUGUUCAGCAAUCAUUAGUUCUUACCACCUUCGCCACAAACCUGAAACACGCUCACAUUUCCGUCGGGUGGCUUCAAUUGAUUGGUCGCGCGAGUGACUGGAGUGGAUUUCCCGCCGUUUAUGUCUCCCCUCAGACGGUCGGCGUGUUAUGAGCCGUUCUUCCAUUAUUAUCUCCCCCUGUACAACAUUAGCUAUCAACAGCGAGUUGCGUUUUCGGAAGUGAUAGAAUCACUUUGCCUCUUUCGUUCUAGUGCUUUAUCCUUCACCGGUGUUAGAUGAUUAUUAUCUGCUUUAUGAGGUAUUUAAUUUAUGAUCUUCCAAUCCACAAGUUGUGACUUCGUUAUUCCAUGUUUUAUGUAUUCAAGGUUAUCAAGCUAUGAGGACUCAAUAUCUAUCCAAAACAAAUGACUUUUUAGUUACCGUUUCACAUUCGUUUUUUUUUUGUUUUUUGAUUGUUAAUUGCAUUUGCACAUGCAUCAAUAUGUCGUUGAAACAUUAGUAUUUUGUUUUAAUUGCGCCUACCAUAUAUUCAAACUUUGUGCCAAACUUUCAUUGUUUGAAGUUGAUAUUUCAAGCAGAAGCAAGUUGAACAGAUUUGUAUUUUGUCGUGCAUUGAAAAAUGUCUGAAUUAUACCUUCAGAAAUUUGAGUGCACCAUUAACGGGUGCAAGCCGAAUAUACGAUUGUAUAUCGAAUAGUAACAAAACUGGUGAGAAUUAUGAAAUUAAGGAAAAACAUAGGAAAAUAUAAAUUAUGUUGUCGACUCAAUUUCGCCAUAUCAGAUUUGGAACAAUAAUAAUAUCAGAGAAAGCCAUAAGUUUUGCAAUAAAAAGAUAAGAGCAACAUAUCCAAUUUUUAUGAAACGAAAGAAAAUUUAGCGAAUUCCAGUUAUGUUCAUUAUAAUAGCUACAUAUCCAUCUUGUGUUAUAAUGUUUGUCGACAAAACGAGAAGAAUUUGGAUAACAUAAAUCAUUUCUAAAACGUUGUAACCAUUGAAUGUGUAUUUGAUAAAACAUGUAAGCCAAUAACAAAACGUCACACACAGUAAAUAGCAACAUGCAUAAGAGUACUAGUGUAGAAACGAAUAACAUGUGGUAUUGAUAGUACGACAGUCUAACAAUUGCUCAAGUAAGUUUUGUUGCAUCAUUUUGAUUGUUCUUCCUGUUUAGUUAGUCGUUACAUCUAUUUACUAGAACUGGAUUCAGUCGCAUUGAACAAAUUGAAAUGUGCAGUUCGUAGAGGCGCUGUGCUUUGAAUUACGUUGCCAUCCUUAUUUUCCAAGCAGUACCACUAGCGAAUAAGAAUGUUAUAAUUUUCAGCUCAACUGAAAAAUAAAAAUAGUUGAGGUAUUUAAUUUGUGUAUAAACAAGUCUAGAUUUAUUGUACGAUGAGAGUAAUAGAAUGAGAUUAUGUUUAUCACUUGAUAUAAAAUCGGACAAAAACAGUAAAAACGUAUGUGAAUUUUAAUGAGAAAUGGAAGGUUUAAAUUAUAUGGAAAAAAUAAAAGUGAUUGAAAAUAUAA